CUGAUUUCGUCACAUGACAUAGCUCUCUAGCUUGGACACUGUGCGCUAAGCAUAACAAUUCGGAAGAGGGAAGAAAUAACAGUGAAAUAUUAUAAAAAAGGAAUACAUUCACAUCGAUAGAAACUCCUGGUUAUUACUCCUCCCCUGCCAUGCCGUGAAAGACAGGGGGGGUGAACCCUUGACCCUGAGGUGACCAGACUGUGAUUAAACCAGAGGAGGAGGAGGAGGAGGAGGAGGAGACGGACAUGCACCCGUACGGCUGCGAGGCAGAGACCUCCCUACAGGAGCUGUUUGAUUUCUUCACUCGGUGUCUGCAGAAUGCAGAGUGGGAACUGGCUGGAGCCUGUGUGCCUCAGCUGUGUGACGCUGGAGGAGAAGUGUCACAACGGCUACGGGACAUCAUCAAGGCCAUCAUCACCUACCCUUACCCGCUAGAAUGGGAGAGUGUGGGCAGCCCUCACAAACUGGCCUGGCUUUGGCUUCAAGUCCUGGAGAAAUGGACCAAGGAAGAGGUUCCUGUUUCAGUCAGGAGAGAACUAGAGUUCCUGCUGCUUCUAGAGGAGCUAGGAGACGAGGUGCCAGAGACAACGCUCAAGGAACUCCACCAGGCCUUCCUAACCACCCAGUCGGAGGAGAGAAAGGGAUCAGGGGUCCCAGGGGUGGGCGAUGCUCAGAGUCCAGGGAUAGAGACCUGUCUCGAGGCCUUGUUGGACCAGAAGAGACCCAGAGUGGCCCAGGCUCUGGUUAGCUUCCUGGAGGACCACCCCAGGAGUGUUAACACAGGGAACCACAUCCUACAGGACACAUUCAUCAGAUACCUGAUGGAGAGAGUGGAGCAUCUUGGUCCAGGCUCAGAGAAGAUGGAGGGCUGGGCGGAGGAGAUGUGUGCGGUCCUAGCCCUGAUGCCCCUGAGGUCGGAGCGAGGUGGAGGAGGCGGGGUGGAGGCCCUGUGUGAGGCCCUGUGGAGGGCCAGACACGGGCCCCUGAGAGAAGAGAGGGUCCUGAGCUCCCUGCUACGGCCCCGCUGCCACACCUUGCUCUCCCAUUACUGCUCUACAGCACUCAGGCUGCACAGAGACGGACUACUGAGAGAGACUCCCAGCACCCAGGUGGAUCUUCCUGAAGCGGAGAAGUUACUGCUGGGCUUGUGUUGUCAUGGGGACCGGCCUUCCGUCUGGAAAACCAUUUACUUUGAGUGCCUUAGCAGCGGCAAGCACUUCCUCGAACGAGUCCUGGUGACUGCUCUGGACCUGGUGAAGAGGGAGGAGUUCUGUAGGCUAGAGGACCUGCUGAAGGGGGAGUUCCAGCCUCUGUCUCGUCUCCUGCUACUCCUGGGGUGGACCCAGUGCCAAAGCCUGCUCUCAGCUCAGACCCUGCUACGCCUCCUACACCACGACCAGGCGCUGGCCAACGACUCUGUUCUGAGAGAGUUUGCCAACGGUCUGUCUUCUCAAUUGGGAGUGUUGGAGUGGUGUGUUGAGAACAACCUAGGGAUCCCCAAGGAGGCGUUGCUUGGCCAGCUGCACACACUGGACAGUCACUCAGCCUUGUACGUCCUUCACUGUCUCACCCCUCUGGCCCAGAAUGAGGAACACAUGGUACUGGACCUGCUGAAUACACAGACCAAACCCAGCGGAGCAGAUGAGUUCAGUGUGGUGGUAGACAGCCCCAGUCCGAUGGUCCAGAGAAAUCUGGUUCUGUACAGGGGGUUCUGCGCUAUGAAAUACGCCCUGUACGCCAUGUGUAUCACCGCUCACAAGUACAGUGGCUGCUCCGACUGUGGCACCGCGCAGUCCACACCUGAGGCUGAGAAGGACCAGAGCCAGGCCUCAACCCCCCUCCAAGACUGUCCUCCCCUAUUCCAGCUCUACCUGUCUGAGUGUCAGAUCUACCUGGAGGCAGUACCUGCUAUGUUCCGUCUGGAACUACUGGAGAACAUCUUCUCUCUGCUCUUCCUGUCCAUCGCCGAUUUUACCCUCCACAACCAUCAGGGGGCGACGACGAGCACAGGCCAGACAGAACACUCCGAAGGGAAGAAGAGAAAAGGACAGGAGGAGAAAGCCGAAGUAGUUGGAAGAGGAGAAGAGGAUCAAAGCAAAAUGACAAAAGAGAACCAUCACCAACCCCCUAACUUCCCCUUCUCAGCGUCCCAACGGAGUCACCUUGAUCUGGGCCACUUGACGGCAGGCUGCAGGGGCUUCCUAGUGGACCUCGGGGCCAUGGAGGGGUUCCUGCGGCUGCUGAGAGAGAGUCUGGAAGGGGUGGUGGUAGUGGGUCAGCGGGCGGGGCAGGAGGAGGGCAGGGCUCUGGCCGGGGAGGCAGAGGCGGCAGAGAGUCUGGGCUGCUCUGUGACGGCAGAGACUUUCGGGGCGCGGCUGCAGAGACUGUCCAAGAGGACGGCAGAAGCCCAGUGGAGACUUCAGAUUAUCACUUCCAACCAGGACAAUGGCAACGUCUCAGACCCCCCCACCCAGCCCCAGGCGUCUCCAGCAGCCAGUCCUGCCUCCUGUCUAAAAGGAAGAAGCAGCAGUACUGGGGUCAGGAGGAGGAAAAGGCCUAGACGACAACACUCCACAGAGAUACACAAGGGAGAGGUCAGCGCCAGCCCCUCGGAUGGAAGUAGCGGAGCCGGGCGGUCGGAGUGGGAGGUGUGCCCCUGUGGAAGUAUGGGUAGCUGGGUAGUUCCGGCCAUGCUGUCUCCACCUGAGUCCCUGCUCAUGGCCUGCAUCCGCCGAGGAAACUACAUGGAAGCACACCAGGUGUCUCUGAUGUUUGGCCUGGAGGGGUCAUGGUGCUUUGGGGAACUGGUCUUCAUGGAGCGUUACCGGGAAGUCCUGGAGGAGCUGGGUCGCGUGGAGCAGAAGAUGGAGACCCACUCUUUAUCUUCAUCCUCCUCUUCCUCAGAGGGCCUGGGAGCGACGGCCGUGGCGCCCGCCCCGGGGCGUAGUCGCCUGGGAAGUAGUGGGCGCUCCACCCUGCAGGCCAUUGGGAGUGCUGCCGCUGCUGGCAUGGCUUUCUAUUCCGUCUCUGACGUGGCAGACCGUCUCCUUUCCACCCCUGGUCGCCCCGUUCCGUCCCUGGAGGAGGGCUACUGGCUGGGCCGCUGUGUCCUGGACCCCCCAGGGACAGGCCUCCUGCACACCCUCCUGGAGGAGCUCAGCCCCCCUGCCAUGGCUGCCUUCGACCUGGCCUGCUGUCACUGCCAGCUGUGGAAGACCUCCAGACAGCUGCUGGACACGGCAGAGAGACGGCUACACAGCAGUCUGGAGGGAAGAGGACUGAGGGUGGAACCCAAGGGAUACCCUCAGAGUGUUUCACGAGGGUUUCCUGCGAUGCUCCAACAGAUGGGGAAGAUUCUCAACCACACAGCCAGUCAUAAAUCCAUUGUGGAGGACCACGUUGUGUCCAGUCCUUUAGGUUGCUGUAUACAUGAAGUGUUGCUGUGCUGCCACCCUGUGCUGAGUGAGGAGGGCAUCGCUACCCGACUGAGCCUGGCACAGCACCUAGAGAUCACCUUGCUGACCCUGUCCACCGCUACAGAGACCACAGUGGAGAGUCCUGCUGGUGCCCUCCUAACAGCCCUGGUAGAGCAGGCCAGUCUGAAACAGUCGGAGUUGGAAUCCCACCUCCGUUCCUCCAUGAAGCAGCUGCUGCGGUUGAUGGACCAGCUGUGUCCCUUCGAGCCCCAGGGCUCCCCUUGCAGGCCAGACUACAUGAGGAGCUUCGUGGACUAUGUCAAUACGCUGGCUUCGGUGUUAAUACACAGCCUGGGAUCUGAAGACCAAAACAGUGAGGUGAAGUUGGGGAACCCACUCCUGGUUCUCCUCCAGGCCCCAUCUCAGCUGCUCUCUCACCUGCUGUUCGAAAGACAGGUGGCUCCUGACAGAGUUUUGUCUCUGUUGCAGCAGGAGGGUCUGCGUCUGAGUGUCCAGCAGGUGAUCGUGCAGCGCUGCUGUGAGGCUCUGCCUUUGUGGGACUGGUGCCCCGAACCAGAGAGGGAAGCUAGCCCUAGGGGAGAGGCUGGUUCUGGGGGAGAGGCUGGUUCUGGGGGAGAGGAUGGUUCUGGGGGAGAGGCUGGGCAAGGACAGACCGGACCAGGGGAAGGGGUGUUUAGGACUGCCAGCCUGGCAGCCAUGCUACAGCUACAGACUCAGGAACACUUGUCAAUGCUGGGCAUCACUGAGCCUCAGUCCCAGUCCCCCAGCUCUGAAUCUGAAGCCUCUCCCGCGCUGGAGGACCUCCGAGCAACUACACCUCCCGUCCUCAUCUUGUCCUCUUCUCUUUCACCUCCACGACCAACUUCCUCUUCCUCCUCUUUUCUCCUCACACCAUCAGCCCUGUCUUUCCUCAAAUCCCGCUCCCCUCUCCUGGCCACCAUUGCUUGUCUAAGUGCCAGUCCACGAGGUGCUGCCCGGGUACAGCCGUCCGGUUGGCUGGUGUUCCGGGGCGGGGGGCGCAAAGAGUGCGUUCUGGACGGGGAGCAGAUCUCCAGGGAGGGGGAAAGCCUGCUUAGAGACUUCCCCAUCCUGAGGGCCUACCUGGGGGCCAUGGCUCAGCCCGUCCUGGGUACUUCGCUGGGGGCCGGGGAGGAUGGAGCCGGUGGCGGAGAUGCUGGAGGUCUUGGGGCAGCCUUAUGUGGUAAGCCCCUGGUGGUUUUACUCCUGUCGGGCCCUCAGGGGACACCUGCCCAGGCUGUGGCUAUGGAAGCCUUCCAGCAGGCCCUGGCCUCUCGGGACCUGGGCAGGGCUCUGAGCCUGCUGGAGCUGUAUGGACAGGGCUGCAGCCAGGAGAGGGUGCUCCAAGACAGACUACUAGCCUGGGCUGCUCUGGAGGAUGGCGAAGACAGCAUAGGCCAGUUGUUCAGAGUACAGGACCCAUGUCUGAGGGCCCGUGUGGCCUUACAGGCCCUGGAGCGCUGGCCCCUCGGGCCCUCUCUGGAGCUGAUGGAGUUCUGCCUCAACAACCCCCACAUGGAGGCCUCUCUCAGGGGAGAGCUGGAGCUCAGGAAGACAGAGCUGGACAUCUACCAACGGAUGUUGAACCUGCUGCCUUCGUUGCCGUGGGCCACCUGGCAGGAGCUGAGGACAGAGUCCAGGAGAGACCCUGAGUCCAUGUUUUCUAGGAUGUUGGAAGCCAGGGAGUUUUCUCUGUGUGCCCAGUGGAUGGCGCUGUACUCUGUCUCAGACCACCUCAGAUUACAGCUGCAGACGGAACACCUGCUACACCUGCUGGAGAAAGGACAGACUGACAACGCUUUCCAGCUGCUGGAGGGCCUAUCAGACUUAACCUUGGGUCUGGAGGUGUGUGAGCGCGCUCUGGACCGCCGGCCCGGAUUGGCUGCCUGCCACUUCCUGGCUAACUACCUCACUCUCCACUUCCAGUGCCAAGUGUCCCCCGCCCGCCGACGCCACAUCCACGACCUUCACCUGGGAUCCAAGGUCCUCCUCACCCUCCCCCCUGGCGCCAGACAGGACUACUUCCCCCUCCUCUCUGAGCCACUAUUAAUGCUGGAACAGCUCCUGAUGAACCUGAAGGUGGACUGGGCUGAAGUGGCGGUGAGGACGUUACAGAACCUACUAUUAGGCCGGGAGGACGGCUUCACCACCCACGACAUCGACAAGCUACUCUCCAAAUACGCUUGCAAGGCCCUGGACUUCCCCUACGCACCCAGGGAGAAGUCUCGCUCCGAUUCUGUGAUCAGUCUCCAGGAUGACCAGUGUCCAGCCCAGGACAGCUGUCCAUCCACCCCCUCUAGGAUGGGAACACCUCCACCUACUGCAGGUAGUACCCCCAUGCACACCUCGUCGUCCAGCAGUUCCCUGGACAGAGGGUCGACCGGCAGGAGAAUCCAGCGCUCCCCCGAUCAGUUCCAGCCCCCAGACAGAGCCCCGGUUCGUAAGGACUGGGUCCCAGACAACCAGCAGCAUGUCUGCAUGGUCUGCCAGCGAGAACGCUUCACCAUGUUCAACAGGCGUCACCACUGCAGGAGGUGUGGUCGUCUGGUGUGCCAUGCCUGCUCCGACCACAAGAUGGCGGUAGAGGGCUGCACUGAGGAGGAGAAGGAAGUGCGUGUGUGUGACCAGUGUUACAGCUACUUCCAUCCAGAUUCUGAUGAGAUGCUGGAACAAGCUGAAGUUGCAGGUAGUCCUAUGUCAACAGAGGGAGUGUUAGAUUCAAUGCUUCACCUGCCAGAGGUCACUCACCGUCAGUUUCACCUCAGCACCAACCCUACAGACAACCUGCAACUACAGACAGAUUUCUACUAUGAACAGGCUCCCAGUGCGUCUCUAUGUGUGGCCAUCCUGUCCCUCCAUAGCGACCAGACAGCCUGUGGACACCAGCUAAUUGGACACUGCCGCUCACUGUCCCGUAAACUAACCAAUCCCGAGGUGGACGCCCGCCUCCUCACCGACGUCAUGCGCCAGCUUCUGUUCAGCGCCAAACUGAUGUUCGUCAAGGUGGGCCGCAGCCAGGACCUGGCCCUGUGUGACAGCUACAUCAGUAAAGUAGACGUCCUGAAGAUCCUGGUAACGGCCAACUACAAGUACAUCCCCUGUCUGGAUGACAUCCUGGAGACGGCUGCUGUCACACGACUACGCAACCAGCUACUGGAGGCAGAGUACUACCAGCUAGCUGUGGAGGUGUCCACUAAGAGUGGUCUGGACCCAGGUGGUGUGUGGCAGGCGUGGGGAAUGGCCUCCCUCAAGGCAGGGAACUUGACUGCUGCUAGGGAGAAGUUAUGUCGCUGUCUGAAAGCUCCGGUGGACAGAAACCAGCUCAACCUGGGUCCUCGGCUGCUGCAGGAGAUAGUCUCUCAUCUAGAGAGCACCGUCAGAUCCACGCUGGCCACGUCUUUCAGUGAGGACAUCCUGUGGUCUCUGAGGGAGCUUGAGGAAGCUCUUUGUGAGCCUGGAGGAUCAGUGGACUGGCCAGAGGGGGUUCAGGGUCAGGGCAACAGAAUGUAUCAAGAGAGCUUGUACUACCUGUCCAGCUACGGGACUCACCUGGCCCUGGUCUCCUUCCUGAUGAGACACGACAACAUGAAGGACGCCCUGCAGCACCUACUCAGCAAGGAAUGUCCAGAGGAGGUGUUCCUGGAGGGCGUAUUGCAGCCUAGUCUGGAGAGGGGUCGUCUGGGGAUGCUGCAGGGGUUACUGGAGACCCUAGAUCCAGGCCUGGAGGUCUGUAGCCGAUACCUCCUCUCCUCCUGUCAACUGCUGCAGCGACGGGGACACUUCCACACACUAUACCAGCUACAACAGUUCAUGAUGGACCACGUACGAGCGGCCAUGACGUGUAUCCGGUUCUUCACCCACGGUGUCGUGUCCUACGUACAGCUGGGAGACCAGCGGAGAUGGCUGGUUCGGGCCAAGGAGCACCUCAGAACCUACCUUCAGGAGCAACAGGGAACACGUACCAACAGCACUAACAGGAAGAAGAGCACCUCUAACUCCUUCAGAAAGAAGAUGUCUUCUAGUGAUGUGUCCAGGCACAUGAACACGAUAGAGCUCCAGCUGGAGGUGACUCGGUUCCUGCAUCACUGUGAAACAUCCAGCUCCGCCCCCUCUGCCUCCUCCAGCACUCCUCCCACUCUGUUCGGCCCCAGCGCUAUGAAGAUCGAUGUAGCCUGCAAGGUGAUGUUGGGAGGAAAGAACAUUGAAGAGGGGUUUGGUAUCGCAUACCGAGUCAUACAGGACUUCCAGCUGGAAGCCUUGACGGUAUAUGUGCGUGCGGGCCAGAGGCUUGUUCGCCAGCGUCAGUACCGGGCCGUGCGCCAGCUGCUGAAGUGUGUGGGCGAGUCGGGCACCGCCACCAAGAACGACUGUGAUGUCAUCAUACUCAGCUGCGUCUCCAUCGCAGAUAAGGGCCCCACAGACGCCAAGGAGUUGGAGUGUCUCAUUCUGGAGACAAAGAGCACAGAGAACAAGAUUAAGGCCUACCUGCAGGUGAGUAAACUGCGAGCGGCCUAUCUCCUAGCUGUAAAGCUGGAUACAACCAGGGCCGGGCCGCUGGUUCAGGAAGUCCUCCAGACAGCGGAGGCCGUUGGAGACUCUGUCAUGCAGGACAUCUGUUGCCAGUGGCUGUCUGAGCACAAGGACAGGGACAGAAAGACGCCGCCUCCUACAAAACAAGGCCGACCCAACGCCAAGUAAACCCACGAGGGGGAGGGGAACAUGGGUCGUGUUCGUUACGCACCAAACAGGACUCGUCUAAUCAGAAAUGCUCGUUUUAGUUCUCUGUUGCAAAAAAAAAAAAAAAUGAUAACAAUAUUUUCUAUUUGUUGUGUGCCCCUCUUGAACACGACCCGGGCGUAACCGUUGUUCUGGAGACACCUAGUUCAGGUUACAAGAUGGGGAACCAGACAUCAUCAGGGAAUAACAGAUCGCACUUCAACUGGAAACGCCACGAGUGGAACAACAAGACACCUUGCCUGGACUCUGUGACUGACUUCCUCUUCCUCACUGAAAGUAGUGAAACACCGUUGUGCCGACUGUCUCAUCUGGAGGGUUGACUGACGACAGCCAGACAACACUGUCUCUCUCUCUCUCAUCUGGAGAGUUGACUGACUACAGCCAGACAACACUGUCUCUCUGUCUCUCUGUCUCUCUGUCUCUCUGUCUCUCUCUCUCUCUCUCUCUCUCUGUCUCUCUCUGUCUCUCUCUCUCUCUCUCUCUCCUGGAGGGUUGACUGGCUACAGCCAGACAACACUGGGAUGAAUCUAACCAUGCUGAAUUGUGAGUUGUUGACCACUUUAUCUAGUAAAACUGACGUCUGGGAUAAGCACAGAAGAUACACAUACCAGAGUAAUAUCACAAGCAGCAGUGGUGUACGAUAGUUCUUGAGUUGUAUCUCCUACCUCAGUUAAAAAGGGAUCUAUCUUUUGUUUUCACCAACCUUCAAGCCCAGUAAUAUAUUUCUUUGUGACAAAAUAAACAAUUUGUCGUGAUGUAAAUAAUUCCUAACUCCUCCCCCCCCAUUUUUUUAAAAUAUUUUUUUUCUUCUCUUUGUUGUUAGUUAGAAAGAAUGUAAAGAAGAAAACAAGUGUUGGUAUUACAAGCCUGUCAAAUAUAUACACACACACAAGUGUAGAUUAUAUUGAUGAUUUAAGAGUUUCUGCACUUUUUUUGAAAGUCAAAGGAGUGGGGUUUUCAUUAGAAGGGGGAUGUCUGUUACUGUCUAUCAUCUCGACCUGCCACUAGUCAACACCCUUCAAAUAUCUGCCCAAGGAGCUAUUUCCUAGCCUGAAAUCCAGACCUGUUGUUGUUGUUGCUAACAUUCCACUUCUAGUACUUGGCAAGGACACGGAGUGGCAAGUGGAACGUUAUACACAAACGGACUGGUACCCAUGCUAGAAAUUUCCUGAAUCUCUCUUGCUUUCUCCCCUCAGAGGGAAGCAACAGAACGCCAAAGUCCCCGAAAGGGCUUGUAAGUAUCACUAGAAUUAAAGAUGAGCUUUAUAUAGACUACAAAAAGAACGAAAACUUGGAACGAGUUGGAUUUAGUGAUGGACUCUCUCUCUCUCUCAUGAGAUAAAGAGGUGGUACCUUAAUGUUACAGGUCAAUAUUAUUGUCUCCUUAAAGCCUAUCAUAGCUGUCUGUUUUUUAUGGUAUCUGUCUUUGACCCGGGAACGUCGUUGCUGUGACCAUGUUUUGUAUAUAUUCCCUUUGUUCCUGGUGUGUGACUUUAAUAGGUCCCAAAUGGCACCCUAUUCCCUACUUAGUGCACUACGAGGCCCUAGUUUAAACAGUAGUGCACUAAAUAGGGAGCCGUUUGGGACACGAACCCCUUUGACAUCCGACCUCCCGUGUGUCCUAUGCGAGGGUCAGAUGUGUUUAAUGGGCCUUCUGUCAGUGGGCCGUUUGUCGGUGUAUAAAAAACACGUACUUUAAUCAAUCGAGAGAUGUCGCAUUUAGAAAAGGGAUUUUUGUUGGCCGUAUUUGUUAUAGUCAUGAUCAAUUUAACUACAUAUUCAUUGUCCAAAUAUAACUCUUUCGUUUA